AAUCAAGUAGGCUGCUAGACAUGGAUAUGGUCAAGGUAAGAGUUGGGGAUUGUGUCUUUGAAACAAACAAGUCUCUACUGUUAAGAGAGUCCGAAUACUUCAGGGCACUUUACAGAUCGGGGAUGGUAGAGUGCCAUCAAGAAGAGAUUCACGUGAGGAAUCUCAAAGCUCAAGGGUUCGUAAUCAUGUUGGCCGUGGCCAGUGGUGAGAGACCCAUUCUAAAUGGUGACGAGAUUUUGGAAGCCAUUGAAUGUGCUGCUUUCUUUCAAGCUGAACCUCUUUCCAGGCAUCUUCAAGAUCUGCUCAACUCCGACAACUGCCUUCUCAUGUAUCAAGCUUCGGCCACCUAUGGCUUAUGGGGACUCCAUGAGAUGUCGGCACAGUUCAUCCGCAAUAUGUACCGUGACCUGCAAGAGAAUUUGAAGAACCUUCCUCAGGAGCUGACUGAAUAUGUAGAGUCUCUGGUUCCUAGUGUGUUCGUGGCUGUAGGUUCACAUUCAACUUGCACUGCGGAUGAGCUUCCUCUUGCUGCCACAAGGACAGUAUGUUACCUCAAUGAGGAUGAUGAGGACUGGAAGGUCCUCACUGCCUUGCCCAUGGAGGCCAGCACCUCUCUGGCUGGUUUGACUGUUUUGGACAACCGACUCUACAUUGUUGGAGGUGUGCAUGGCGUUGACAAGAGGGCCGUUGAUGCUAGCUUUUGCUAUGAUGUUGUCACCAACACCUGGAGUUGGCUGCCAGGUCCCAGACAGCCACGGUACAACUUCACCCUAAUUGGGAUAGAAGGCUGCCUCUAUGCCAUCGGAGGAGAGUCUCGGAGAACCAUCAUGUCCUCCGUUGAGAUAUAUAACAUCACCACAAAGGAUUGGACAUUCGCCGCAGAUUUACCUCGACCGGUAGCAGGUGUCGCAUGCACCAAAGCCAUGGGACGAAUUUUUGUAUGUCUGUGGAAGCCGAUGGAGACUAAUGAAAUCUUUGAAUACAUCCCAAACCAGGAUGUGUGGGUUCUGGUGAGUACACUUCUGAAGCACCAGAGCUAUGGACACUGCAUGGUGGCCCACAGGGACAACCUCUACGUCAUACGCAACGGCCCCCAAGACGACUUCCUGCGCUGUUUGAUAGACUGCUACAACAUCACCACAGGCCAGUGGACAUCGAUGCCUGGGCACUAUGGCAACAGCAAAGGGUCCCUGUUUACAGCAGUAGUGAGAGGAGACUCUGUGUUCACGCUGAACCGCACCAUGACUCUGGAGUACACUGUUGCAGGGAACAUGUGGAAACCUUGUAAAGAGAUGAAGGGUUUUCCUAGGAAUGGAUCUGUGUGGACUUUUCUACUCAGGAUUCCAAAGGAGAGGAAAGAAUUGACAGUGUCUUAAAUGGACUGAACCUUAGA